AUGGACUCUCUACUCUUUCCCUCUCCAUCCGAAGAUGACGACGACGUUUUUACCCUCUUCGAUAACCCCUUCUCCCCCCUCCAGCAACCAUCUUUGUCCAACUCCACUGACCCCCUCUUCUUGGUCCCUUUCAGGUGGUGGAAGGAGGCUAGAGAGACUGUGUGCAGUGGUCGUGGCGGCGUUUUGUAUAAUGGGACGGCACGAUUGACUGGUGCUGGUGAGGAUGAGGAGAAAGAGGAGGUUAUGGCGGUGGGCCGUAGGGAUUCGGAGAUUCUGGUGAGUAUGAAGAGAGAGGGGGAAGCGAAGAUUAGUCAAGAAGAAAGGGUUUCAAGCGAGGGUGAUUUUGCAUUGGUGUCGGAGUGGAUGUUUUUGACAGCUCUUAGAUGGCAUAAUGACUUGACGGGUGUGGAAAGUUUUUUACCUGAAGAAGAUAGCAUGCACGACCUGUUCUCUUUACAGAUCAGACUUUUGUGUGUGUUGGAAACAAAUUCAUUGGUUAUAAAGAUUAACCAAAAGGACAAUCAAUUUGGAGCUUUCAACGCAGCCUACAAUAUAUUUUGUAAUGAGACUCGCUUGUUGCGAAUCUGGGACUUCUCAGAGCAGACAAACCAGUUAUUCACAAACAAAAGGAAGUUAUUUAGAGAUUCAGGCCCAUCAGAUGAAGAGAUUAGUUUGGAGUUGCAAGUCUAUGGCUUCUCUUAUUCUAUCAUCAAGAAUAGAGAAACGGGAAAAGAGGAUAUGAUGGCAGAACAGUCGAUGAUUGAUGUGGCCUCUUUUAGCGAUUCACUUAAGAUGAAUGGGAGUGUGCAUAAAGUGAAUUUGUAUUCUAGAAAGAAGCAAUCUUCACCACUAGGUAGAGGCUAUGGCAGCAUUCCGCCUUUGGGUUUGACUGGAUUGUAUAAUCUUGGAAACACUUGUUUUAUGAACAGUGCUAUUCAAUGCUUAGUGCAUACUCCCAAGCUUGUUGAUUAUUUCCUUGGAGACUACAGAAAAGAUCUGAACUUUGAAAAUUCACUGGGCAUGCAUGGCAAGCUUGCUAUAGCGUUUGGAGACUUAUUAAGAAUGUUAUGGGCUCCAAGAACUACACCAGUGUCUCCAAGGAUGUUCAAGUCGACUCUUGCUAGUUUUGCUCCUCAAUUUAGCGGUUAUAACCAACAUGAUUCCCAAGAAUUUCUUGCUUUCUUGUUGGAUGGACUCCAUGAAGAUCUAAACCGUGUGAAGCACAAACCUUAUGCAGAACCGAAGGAUGAAGAUGAUCGUCCAGAUGUAGUAGUAGCAGAUGAAUACUGGAGAAACCAUAUAUCUCGCAAUGAUUCUGUCAUAGUUGAUUUAUGUCAAGGUCAAUAUCGAUCAUCAUUGGCUUGUCCUGCUUGCAAGAAACUGUCCAUAACAUUUGAUCCGUUUAUGUACUUGUCAUUGCCUCUCCCUUCCACAACUUUGAGGAAGAUGACUUUGACAGUUGUGAGCACCGAUGGUCAUACAUUACCAUAUCCUGUCACAGUAAGUGUCCCAAAUAAUGGGUCACUUGAGGAUCUUGUUCAGGCCCUGGGUACAGCUUGUUCAUUGAGAGAGGAUGAAAUGCUAUUAAUUGCUGAGAUAUAUAAUCAUUCCAUCCUUCACAUACUGGGUGAUCCACAUGAUUCGGUGGACUUAAUCAGAGAUAAUGAUCGACUUGUUGCUUAUAGAUUGGCUAAGGCUACUGAUGGAACUCCUUUGGUAGAAUUUUUGCAUCAACGCAAGGAGAAGUUAUACAUUCAUGCAUUUCCUUCUUUCGAGAAGUUUGGCAUUCCUCUUGUGGCUAGAAUGACUGAUUUUUCUAAAGGAUCCGAGAUAUAUAAACAGUUCCUUAAGUUAAUUGAUCCCUUCUUAAUGCAAGCUGAUGACUCCUCGAUUGACUCUGAUACUACACAAAACAUUUCCUGCGAGGAUGAGGAAAUGGAGGAUGUAGUUUUGGAUAGGGAUGCAAAGUUGGAUAAUGAGUCAGCGAACGACUUGGAUUCAAUUAGCGAUUUCGAGUUCUAUUUGGAUAGUGGGAACUUUUUAGCAAGUCGCAUAAAAAUACAAAUGGAUGAGCCGGUGCCAAUAUCAAAGUCUAACAGGCACAUAAAAGUGCUCGUAACUUGGCCAGAGAAAAUGAUUGAAGACUAUGAUACUUCUAUUCUUAGCUUUUUACGAGAUGUUUGUGAGCCUACAUUGAAGAAACCUCAAGAGUCUGUGUCUCUGUAUAAAUGUGUUGAUGCCUUUUUGAAUGAGGAGCCUCUUGGACCGGAGGACAUGUGGUAUUGUCCUCGCUGUGAGGAUCACAGGCAAGCAAGUAAAAAGCUGGAUCUUUGGAGACUGCCGGAGAUCCUGGUCAUUCAUUUAAAGAGGUUUUCAUACAACCAAUAUUUCAAAAACAAGCUGGAAACUUUUGUUGACUUCCCUAUUGAUGAUUUUGAUCUUUCGAGUUACAUGUUUGACAAGAACAAGUUUUGUCAUCAUUAUGCGUUGUAUGCUGUUAUUAACCACUAUGGUGGCAUGGGUGGUGGCCAUUAUACUGCAUUCGUCCAGCUUGGGAAUAAUAGGUGGUAUGAGUUCGACGACAACAAUGUGUUUCCUGUUGACUGGGAAAAGAUAAAGACACCAGCUGCUUAUGUUCUUUUUUACAGGAGAAUCUCAUUAAAUGACGUUGAAUAG